UCAGAAAUGCCAAAAUCAUAUACAGGAAGUGUAGCAACGGAUCAAGCACUAGCGGGCUUCACUGGAGGUGCUGUAUCAACGAUAUGUUUGCAUCCUCUAGAUUUGAUCAAAAUACGCUUCCAAGUCAACGCAUCACAGGCAGCACCUCGGAUUGGAGGCACGCUCCGCAGUUUCCAGGAGAUCUUUAGAAGUGAAGGCUUUCGUCAUGGACUCUAUCGUGGACUGACACCCAACUUUGCAGGCGCAACUAUGUCCUGGGGUCUUUAUUUUUAUCUCUAUGCCGGUAUCAAGGGCCAAAUGCCUGUUGAUCCGGAAACCGGCCGACUUGGCCCGGCACAGUACAUGAUAGCAUCGAUGCUUGGAGGUGCGCUCACCGCUGCUGUCACUAAUCCCUUAUGGGUGAUCAAAACAAGGAUGUGUACUACAAAGAAAGCUACCCCUGGAGCAUAUCAAAGUCUUUUGGGUGGUCUUUACAGCUUAGCAAAGGCUGAAGGUCUCAAAGGCAUGUAUCGUGGAAUGAUACCUGCCUUAUUUGGCGUGAGUCACGGUGCGAUCCAAUUCAUGGCAUAUGAGCAACUGAAAGACUGGAGACAAGAAGUUAAAAAGAAAAGGUGGGAGAAACAGUUUCUUGAGGAAGUACGGGGGAAAAGCACAACACCUGUCACAGAUUCUGCACAAGCAACUGCAGAGAUGGGCGGACUCUCUUUGAAUUCAGAGACAUUAGAGAAAUUAAGAAAGUCCAAGCUGUUGGAACAAAGCCAUGAUUGGGAAACACUUUCGACAAUUGAGUACCUUUGUAUGGCGGCCUCCUCCAAGGUCACUGCGACGGUCGUCACAUAUCCUUAUCAAGUGCUUAGAUCGCGGCUACAGAUGAUAAGCAAUCCUCAAAGUGAAGUCGUAUACACUGGAGUCGUUGAUUGUAUCAGAAAGAUCAAAAGAGCGGAAGGACUUCUCGGAUUUUACAAGGGUGUUGCCCCAAAUGUGAUCCGCGUGCUUCCUGGUACAUGCAUAACCUUCCUUGUUUAUGAGACUGUCAGUGCCUGGUGCCGCAAUCAUGCUCGAUAUGGGCUCGACGAGUAAAGGGUAUCUCGGCAGCAUGGCUGAUUUGACUAGCACAAACUUCCCCCGCUCUGUAAUAGCACUUUACUGCAUAUUCUACCUUCAUAUUUGUUCCAUAGAUAGCCUUUGCAUUUCCAUUUUUCUCCUUUCAUACACUCCAUUUCUUUAAAUACAAGUAAAACGAC